AUGGCCGCGAAUCAAAAACCCAUACCAUCGUUAUACACGGUCUACAUACUCAGAUCUACCGUACGACAUGCAUCGCUCUACAUCGGGUCUACCCCAAACCCACCCCGACGCCUAAAGCAGCACAAUGGAGAGGCCAAGGGGGGCGCGGCGCGAACAUCUCGCCCAAGUCUCCGGCCUUGGGAGAUGGUAGGCCUUGUUUCAGGCUUCCCCAGCCUCGUAGGGGCUUUAAAAUUCGAAUGGGCACUCACAAACCCCCAUAUAUCUUUACACAUUCCCUUCGAAUCCCGCAUCAGCGUUGCGUCGGGUCGAAAACGCAAUGGCAUGCCCAAAAGACCACGGUCGAGUCUAAACUCGAUACUUCAAAACGUACAUCUGCUUCUCCGGGUUGCCAGCUUCUCACGCUGGCCCCUAAAGCUUCACUUCUUCGCCCCGGAGGUUUAUGAGGCGUGGAAGAAGCUUCUGGUCACUUUUUCUUCAUCAUCUACAUCAAGCAGUGCUGCGCCGCUGCGGGCGUCCCUAGAUGUACUGACAGAUUUUGGGUCGGAAGCGGCGGCAGUGCAAAGCGACAAACACAAGGGAAGCGCUUUUGCGUCGGAAGACAACGUUGACGGAGAUGGUGACUUGGCUUUGAGGCCGUGGGGGAUACAUGCGUUACCUCUAGAGUACGAAGAUGUUAAGGACUAUGUCUCCAAGGGCCGUUCUGUCUUUGGAUUCGAACGUGAGGGCAAGUGUGUCGUUUGCGACGAGACGCUUCACGACGAAUCCCAGAAGGGGCUCUUGGCGUUAUGUAGCAAUGAUGGCUGCGAGGGCGUUGGGCACCUGACAUGCUGGAGCCAGCGUUUCCUUCAAGAGCAAGAGAGAGGCAGCGAAGCAGCAGCCAGGGAAAUAGUGCCGAUUCAGGGUACAUGUCCCUGUUGUGGGGGGAUAAUCAAAUGGGGAGAUAUGAUGAAGGAGCUUACUCUGAGGACACGAGGCCAGAAGGAGGUGGAUAAACUUUUGAAGCCGAAGCGGAAACCGAGGAAGCCUGUUGAAGCCAAGGAGGAAACCGAGGAAGCCUGCCUUACAGUCGCCGACGAGAGAACAGUGAUGAUUAUUUGA